CCAACCUAGCCGACAAAGGCGUCGGGCUGCCGCCGCCUCGCCGCCUCUUCUCACGGAACGCGGCGGAGCCUCCCUGUGCCGCCCUCAUCGCCGUCGCCCGCCGCUGCGCGUUUCCUGAUUCGGCGGCGGCAGCCAGUUCUCGCGGAACCGGGAGGAAGGUUUGAACGUACUUUAGAAAUAUGCAAUAUGUCUGCAGUUGAUACAGCUACCAAGGAGAUGGAGGCAUUGCAUGUUGGACAAAAUGGGGAAACCAAAGAGAAUAUGAUUAAAGAAGGAAAAGCUGCAAACAGCAAUGGUGCAGUUCCUGCAGCUCAGUCCUCACCACCAGAGGAUGAUGAUGAAGCACAAGCUGAUGGUGCAUCUCAAGAUGGAGCACCAGAAGCUGAGAAGAAGAAGAAAAAGAAGAAAAACAAAUCCAAAAAGAAGAAGGAUCCUCUUCAGCAGACAGAUCCUCCAUCAAUUCCUGUUGAUGAGCUUUUCCCUUCAGGAGAAUUUCCUGAGGGUGAAAUCCAGCAAUAUAAGGAUGAUAAUUUAUGGAGAACAACUAGCGAGGAAAAGAGAGAGCUGGAACGACUGCAAAAACCAAUAUACAACUCUGUACGCCGAGCAGCAGAAGUUCAUAGACAGGUGCGGAAAUAUAUGAGAAGCAUUAUUAAGCCUGGAAUGUUAAUGAUUGAUCUAUGUGAAACAUUGGAAAAUAUGGUCCGGAAACUUAUCAAGGAAAAUGGACUCCAAGCUGGCAUUGCCUUUCCAACUGGAUGCUCCUUGAAUUGGGUUGCAGCUCAUUGGACCCCAAAUGCUGGUGACAAAACUGUGCUGCAAUAUGAUGAUGUGAUGAAGCUGGAUUUUGGAACACAUAUCGAUGGGCACAUUGUUGAUUGUGCAUUUACUGUUGCCUUUAAUCCGAUGUAUGAUCCACUGCUUCAAGCAACAAGAGAUGCCACAAAUACUGGGAUCAAGGAAGCUGGAAUAGAUGCAAGGCUUUGUGAUGUUGGUGCUGCAAUCCAAGAAGUAAUGGAGUCAUAUGAGGUUGAAAUCAAUGGAAAAGUUUUCCAAGUAAGAAGUAUUCGGAACCUCAAUGGACACAGCAUUGCGCCAUAUCAGAUCCAUGCUGGAAAAUCAGUUCCGAUUGUGAAAGGUGGAGAGCAGACAAAAAUGGAGGAGGGCGAGUUUUAUGCCAUUGAAACUUUUGGAUCUACCGGAAAGGGAUUUGUCAGGGAGGACUUGGAAUGCAGCCAUUACAUGAAGAACUUUGAUGUUGGACAUGUGCCUUUGAGGAUGGCAAAGGCUAAGCAGCUACUUGGGACCAUCAAUAACAACUUUGGAACACUCGCUUUCUGCCGCCGGUACUUGGACCGCCUUGGUGAGACGAAGUACCUCAUGGCUCUUAAAAGUCUAUGUGACAAUAAUGUUGUUCAGGUAUGUGAUAAGCUCCAUCUCCACCCCCAUCAUCCAAACUCUGUCGUCAACAUGGCGAUUCACCUUUUCCUGCUCUGUUUGCAGCCAUACCCUCCGUUGUGCGACGUGAAAGGGAGCUAUGUCUCACAGUUCGAGCACACCAUCUUACUCCGGCCAACCUGCAAAGAGGUCAUUUCCAGAGGCGACGACUACUGAUUGCGGCUGCGGCGGGUACCGGUUGUUUAUGUAACGAGUACACUGUUUUUGCGCAACCUGUGUACCAUCUGUUUAUGGACCAAUAGGACAUAUCACAUUUGGAAUUUUGGAUAAAUGAUUUGGCAGGCUUGCUAUAAUAUUUUGAGUUUGGAAUAUAUGGAAACGUGCAUUUUUCAUUGAGCUGAAA